AUGAUUGGGUCACACGGUUGUGUGUCAUCGCUAUCUGUGGUCAUGUGUAACGAGCCGUACAGGAACUAUGCGACUGGACCUUUUCAAAAAACUAUGGAGAAGGAGGAAAUCUCGAAAAAUAACGAAGAUACCAGAAAUAACAGUUUCUACACAUUGUCAAGGCUUCUCAGCUACACCUUCUGGAUGAUAGUCAAAGCUAUCGUGAAGCUGAAUUCUACUGGGUGCUCUUGUGGAUGA